AUGGCUCAAGCUUUGCCACCACCACUUCUGGUGGUCACCACCGUCGUCCCAGAUCCCCCACAGCCGCCGCCGCCACCACCGCCGCAAAAGCCCUACGCUCUGCAAUACGUGACUGAACUUCUCAGCCGGAUUGGUAUCAAAGACACAGACAAAGACGGCAACAUAAGCCCACAGAGUCCAAGGAGCCCAAGAAACAAUAUCCUCAUGGGGAAGUACGAGCUAGGGAAACUUCUUGGCCACGGAAGCUUCGCUAAGGUCUAUUUAGCCCUAAACAUAAAAUCCGGCGAAAACGUCGCCAUCAAAGUCAUCGACAAGGAGAAGAUAAUGAAGAGCGGCUUGGUCGCUCACAUCAAACGAGAGAUCUCCAUCCUCCGCCGCGUGCGUCACCCUUACAUCGUCCACCUCUUCGAAGUCAUGGCGACAAAAACCAAGAUUUACUUCGUGAUGGAGUACGUUCCGGGCGGAGAGCUAUUCAACACGGUGGCAAAAGGACGUUUGCCGGAGGACACAGCACGGAGAUAUUUCCAACAGCUGAUAUCCUCCGUGUCCUUUUGCCACGAUCGCGGUGUUUACCACCGCGACCUUAAGCCAGAGAAUCUGCUUUUAGAUGCUAAAGGGAACCUUAAAGUCUCUGACUUCGGUCUGAGCGCGGUGGCAGAGCAGCUCCGUCAGGAUGGGCUCUGCCACACGUUUUGCGGGACUCCGGCGUAUCUUGCGCCGGAGGUUUUGACUAGGAAAGGGUAUGAUGCGGCGAGAGCUGAUCUUUGGUCUUGUGGAGUGAUCUUGUUCGUGUUGAUGGCUGGUCACAUCCCGUUUUACGACAAGAACAUAAUGGCUAUGUACAAGAAGAUUUACAAAGGAGAGUUUCGUUGUCCUCGUUGGUUUUCAUCUGAUCUUGUUCGGUUACUGAAUCGGCUUCUCGAUACAAAUCCGGAUACUCGGAUCACUAUACCUGAGAUCAUGAAGAGUAGAUGGUUCAAGAAAGGAUUCAAACAUGUGAAAUUCUACAUAGAAGAUGAUAAGUUAUGUAGAGAAGACGAGGAGGAGGAGGAGGCUGAGGAGUCAUGCUCCUCUGGUCGGUCUUCAACGGUUUCGGAGAGUGAUGCAGAGUUUGAUGUGAAGAGGAUUGGUUCAAUGCCGAGACCAGCGAGCUUAAACGCGUUUGAUAUUAUAUCAUUCUCUUCAGGGUUUGAUUUAUCAGGUUUGUUUGAGGAAGGAGGAGAAGGGAGUAGGUUUUUAUCAAGUGCUCCUGUUUCGGAGAUCAUAGCGAAGCUGGAGGAGAUUGCGAGAGUUGUUAGCUUUACGGUGAGGAAGAAGGAGUGGAGUUUGAGGUUAGAAGGGUGUAGAGAAGGAGCAAAGGGACCGUUGACUAUUGGAGCUGAGAUAUUUGAGUUGACGCCUUCUCUUGUGGUGGUGGAGGUGAAGCAGAAAGGAGGAGAUAGAGGGGAGUAUGAAGAGUUUUGUAAUAAGGAGCUUAGGCCGGAGCUGGAGAAACUAAUGCAUAACCGAGGAGAAGAGAAAGGAAAAGGAGAUGUUGUAGUAGAAGAAGAAGCAAUGUGUUUGAAGUCUGAUACUGUAUAG